GUUGAAGCUUAUAAACAAAAGUGUGUUAGAAGAUUUGCAUCUCGUAUCGCUACAAAAAUGGGCAGUAUUCCUUAAACAAGUUAUUUUCAGUCGCCACGCUGCGUGGUAAUCGCCUAGUUUAAGCUCCAAAGUGUAAACAAACCACUGUGUAAACAAAGCUAGCGCGAGAUGGCAUCGGAAGACAAGAGCGAGCAUCACCGUCACUGGGAAAUGUAUCCAAACCGAUUAUCUCCCGGGGUCGAUGGCCCAUCACCCGCCGCCAGUGUGCCGCCCGAUUCGCGCUCAGCAGCAACGACUCCAAACGGUUCCGGCAUGGCAUCAGCACCUGCUUCCCAAACGACCGGACCCAACCCAGCUGCAACGGCAAGAACCUACGAGCAGGUGUACCACGAUAUGCUGGAACAGAAUUUCCGCAAUCGAAUUGUGCAGAUGGAUCCAUCACGUUCCGUAUCGCCAAAGACCGUACCUUCUAUAGCUGCUUCAGAACCGACGCCAUCAUCCUCCUCCAGCAAAAAGGACGAAUACAUAACGACGGUUUACAAUAUUACGCCACGCGAGCUGCCGGCAACGCCAUCGCCUCAUAUGACACCGGGCGGAGCGAUGAUUCUCAACGGCAUAGGGCUCUCGGAUGGAACGAAACGCUCGAAUCUGGUACCUAUCAUGAUACCAGCUAGCAAACCGGCCCUGGAAACCGCAACACAGCAGCAAACCCAGCAAACGAGCCCUUACCCGAAACAGUUGCACACGUUAGCGAUUCUGCCGGCUGAGGCAAACACUGGCAACACGCCCAUCGGGUCGACCAAUCCAGCAGCGAUGUUGCUACAACAACAGACUGCUGACCAUGCAAAAACGCAGCAAGAAAUAUACAAACGCAUACAGCUGCAGCAUAAGCCGCGCGUUGCACCGAACACUUCGCUGAAAGCGCUCGCACAAAACGCGGACACUGUCAUGCACUCGCAGCAUCAGCGGCCCAAUAUGAUGCUUGCCAUAAUUAAGCCGAAGGUAAAACCACCUGCCCCGCCGCAUGUGUACGGUGCGCCCGAUUUCGGCCCUACGACGCAACAGCAACAGCACCCACCGCUGAAACAGUACAGUCCCAGGCUGGGACGCACCGGCCAUCGCAUUCUGUCCGAAAGUGAGAAGGUUACUGUUGAGUACAUUAACGAACCGCCGCCCGCUCACAGCUUUCCUAUGGAGGCACCGAGCGCAACGUUUACGCAAACGACAAGCACCGCACCUAGCGUUGCCUCCAACCCGAUACCCAAAGGACAGAGCCAGAUGGAGGCGCUCAACUUGGACACGAAGCAUGACACCGGUAGCGGAGGAAAUUUGGUUAAGGUGGUUCCUGUUCCCGCUUUUCCCAACACGUCCAUCAACAGUCCGGAGUUAAAUCUGACAAUUGCCCACGUUAGUCCGAGCACCCAAGAAAGCCUUCGAGAAGCUACGUUCAGCAACACGUCAGCUGCGUCCAGUAUGAAGCAAAGCUUAAAGGAAAGUCCUCUUGAAGCGCGGGCACCGCUAAAGCAGCCAGCAACGCUUACGAACCCGCUAGCAAAGGAACGUCCACUGGUAACCACGAAUCAAAGCUUAAAAGAAUGUCUUGCUGGGACUGCAUACCCGGGCUCGCGGAACCUGCUCAAACAGCCUGCUUCCUCUAUAAAUCCGGCCACUAAGGAAAAACUUCGUGCCAGCCUUAGUGGCUUUAAAAAAGAAUCACAAAAACAAUCAUCUGGCCUUACGAAAGCGAACGCGAGGGAAAGUGGUCUUGCUACGGCAUCCACCAGCAGCACACUGGAUUCGCCCACACAAGCAGGCAGCAUUGCGAAGCCAGCCUUAAAAGAAUGUCUUCUUGGAGCAUCAUUACCCAGCGCGCAGGAAUCGAUUACUCAGCCCGCAGUCGUAAUGCAUCCUAAGACGAAGGAAAGUCUUCUGGGAGCAUCAGUAUCCAGCGCACAGGAAUCGAUUAAUCACCCCGCAGUCGUAAUGCAUCCGAAGACAAAGGAUAGUCCUCUAGGAGCUACAUCAACCAGCUCAUUGGAACUGCUGAAACAAUCCGCUGUCGCUAUGAAUCCGAAGACCAAGGAAAGUUUUCCAGGAGCUACAUCAACCAGCUCAUUGGAACGGCUUAAACAAUCCGCUGUCGGUAUGGAUCGGAAGACAAAAGAAAGUCCUCUGGAAGCUUCAUUAUCCAGCGCGCAGGAAUCGACUACUCAGCCCGCAGUCGUAAUGCAUCCGAAGACGAAGGAUAGUCCUCUAGGAGCUACAUCAACUAGCUCAUUGGAACUGCUGAAACAAUCCGCUGUCGCUAUGAAUCCGAAGACGAAGGAUAGUCCUCUAGGAACUACAUCAACCAGCUCAUUGGAACUGCUGAAACAAUCCGCUGUCGCUAUGAAUCCGAAGACCAAGGAAAGUCUUCCAGGAGCUACAUCAACCAGCUCAUUGGAACUGCUUAAACAAUCCGCUGUCGGUAUGGAUCGGAAGACAAAAGAAAGUCUUCUAGGAGCUACAUCAACCAGCUCAUUGGAACUGCUUAAACAAUCCGCUGACGGUAUGGAUCGGAAGACAAAAGAAAGUCCUCUAGAAGCAUCAUUAUCCAGCGCGCAGGAAUCGAUUACUCAGCCCGCAGUCGUAAUGCAUCCGAAGACGAAGGAUAGUCCUCUAGGAGCUACAUCAACUAGCUCAUUGGAACUGCUGAAACAAUCCGCUGUCGCUAUGAAUCCGAAGACGAAGGAUAGUCCUCUAGGAACUACAUCAACCAGCUCAUUGGAACUGCUGAAACAAUCCGCUGUCGCUAUGAAUCCGAAGACCAAGGAAAGUCUUCCAGGAGCUACAUCAACCAGCUCAUUGGAACUGCUUAAACAAUCCGCUGUCGGUAUGGAUCGGAUGACAAAAGAAAGUCCUCUAGAAGCAUCAUUAUCCAGCGCGCAGGAAUCGAUUACUCAGCCCGCAGUCGUAAUGCAUCCGAAGACGAAGGCGAGUCCUCUUGAAGCAUCAUUAUCCUGCGCACCGGAGCCGCUUAAACAAUCCGCUGUCGCUAUGAAUCCGAAGACCAAGGAAAGUCUUCCAGGAGCUACAUCAACCAGUGCAGUUCCAAUGCUUAAACAACCCGCUAUGGGUAUGGAUCUGAAGAUAAAAGAAAAUCCUCUUGGAGCAUCGCUAUCCAGCGCGCAGGAAUCGUUUAAUCAGCCCGCAGUCGUUAUGCAUCGGAAGAUUAGGGAAAGUCUUCUUGGAGCUACAUCGUCCAGUGCACAGGAGCCGCUUAAACAAUCCGCUAUCGCUAUGUAUCCGAAGACGAAAGAAGUUCUUCCUGAAGGAGCUACAUCAACCACCGCAUUGGAACUGCUUAAACAACCCGCUAUGGGUAUGGAUCUAAAGAAAAAAGAAAAUCCUCCUGGAGCAUCGCUAACCAGUGCGCAGAAAUCGAUUAAUCAGCCCGCAGUCGUUAUGCAUCGGAAGAUUAGGGAAACUCUUAUUGGAACAUCAUUAUCCAGCGCACCGGAACUAGCGCAUAAACCAUCCGUUGUCGAUAUGAAUCCGAAAACGAAGGCGAGUCCUCUUGAAGCAUCAACCAGCACGCAGGCAGUCGUUAUGCAUCCGAAGAGGAAGGAAAGUCCUCUAAGAGCUACAUCGUCCAGUGCCCCGGAACCGCCUAAACAAUCUGCUAUCGGUAUGAAUCCCAAGACGAAGGAAAUUCUUCCUGGAGGAGCUGCUUUAACCAGCACACCGGAACACCUUAAACCAUUCGCUGUCGGUAUGAAUCCCAAGACGAAGGAAAUUCUUCCUGGAGGAGCUGCUUUAACCAGCGCACCGGAACACCUUAAACCAUUCGCUGUCGGUAUGAAUCCCAAGACGAAGGAAAUUCUUCCUGGAGGUGCUACCUUAACCAGCGCAACGGGACUGCUUAUGCAAUCCACGGUCGGUAUGAAUCUGAAGUCGAAGGAAAUUCUUCCUGGAGGUGCUACAUUAACCAGCGCAACGGGACCGCUUAAACAGCCCACUAUCGCUAUGAAUCCGAAAACGAAGGAAAGUCUUCUUGCAACGACAUCCACCACCAGCAGCCCGCGAGAAUCGUUAAACCAACCCAACGCCAUCGUUAUAAAACCGAAAAAAAAGGAAUGUCUUCUUGCCAGCGUAUCCACCACUACAAAGGAACAGUUAAAGCCGACAGGCUUUUUAAAUCCAAACACCAAGGAAAGACUUCAGGCGACCCUUUCCACCACCGCGCAGGAAUCGCUAAACCAGCUAGCGACCGUUACGCAUCCGGGCACGGCAGCAAACUACACCAAGAAGAAAGUACAAAAAGUAUCGGCAGUGCCAUCGGCUUUUAAUGCCAAUGCAGCGUUGUGGGAGCAACUGCAAAAGUACAAUUUGCAGCAUCUGCUAGCGCAAGUGAUGCUGCAAACAAACAAGGCCGCGGCGGGCGUUCAAACGCAAACGAAUCAACCGCAGGAACGCAUACAGCCGAGCUCAGCGCAUACGGUAGUACCUUCGGCAGCCAACAGCGCACCAUUAGCAAUGGCCACCCAAAGCUAUCACCCGGCAAAGACAAUCGCCCCAGCACAAUCGCCGGCAACGUAUGACCAUCUGCAGCGGCCCUUCAUUGCUUCGUCGCCCUCCACCAUGACGAAGCUGGAGUACGAGCAGCUGCUGUACCAAAAAAUCCAAGCCAUGAAGCGGAAAAACCCAGCGAAGGAUACCGAUCCGAACAAGAGGCGCCGAUCGAACCCGCGACCCAAGCGCCCGACGGAAGCGUUCCUGCAGAACGGGCCCUGCUACAAGGUGGCCUCCCGGUUGCCCCGCUGCCGGGAGUGUGGCCGCUCUGCUGCGGUACGGUCGCGGAAUGCGUCCAUCAUCUUUUGUCGGUUUAUUGCGUUCCGCAAGCUCAAGUACAAUGAUUCGGGACAGCUGGAGGUGUACGGGUUUGCCGAUCCGAUUUGGGACGCGAAGGAGGCAGACACCAGCCUGUGGAGCUCCAAUUUGCAGAAAGUGCCAGCGGAUCUGUCGGUGGAGAAGUCCAAAUUUCUGCUCGGCCAGGUGGGCUACAAGUUUUGCGAACUGUUUCACCAGGAGAAAGAAGCGUACUAUGAGCACAUGGCUGAAGAUAAAACCAUAGCCUGGAAGCAGGCGGUACAGGGUGUGCGUGAGAUGUGUGACGUUUGCCAGACGACGCUGUUCAAUCACCAUUGGGUGUGUUCAACGUGCGGGUUUGUUGUGUGCAUCGACUGCUACAAGUGUCGCAAAAAUGGUAUUAUAACGGCAGACUCGUCAGCCAAGGACAAGGACGCGAACGGCUGGUUGCUGUGCAGUGCCACGAAGGAACCGCACGACCAGACCCGACUGAUGCUGACGCAAAUCAUCCCGAGCAAAUGUCUGUACACGCUGGUCCGCCAGAUGCACGGUAUCUGUGCGCUGCUGGAAAUCCCGCUCAACUGUGACUGUCCGCUAACGAGGGAACCGGCGCUGAGAAAGAUAAUGGAUCAGCUGAAAUUCAUUUACCCGCUCAUGCCGGAUGAAGCUGGCGGGUCGCUUGAAUUUACCGGUGGAGAGGUGUCCGUUACGAUCAAGCACAUCGAGCAGAUGACGAUGGGUGGUAGCAAUGGGAAGGUGGUGGACGGUUUGAAAAACGAAGGAAGCGAUCCGUACGAGUGUCGCAUCGUGUUUAUGCAGCAAUAUCGGGAGUGUCGGGAGCAGCAAAACGCGUGGCCAUCAUCGUGCAGCGGACAGGAAGAGGCCAAUGAGGCUGGCAAGGAAAAGCAAAGCUAUAGCUUCGAUGGUUUCGAGCGGGAGAUUCAUGCCGCUGGUGACCAUUUCGAUGAGCGGCUGUACAAGGCUACGUCCGUUUCGAAGGCACCGGUUAAGGCGGAACACGAACAGGAUGGUGACAAAAUGUUGACGGACAGCCCGGACGAUGAGGGCGUUGUUCUGGGCACUAACAGUAAUGAAAGUUUCGUUAUGGAAAGGGAGACCGAACAUCAGGGUGGUGGUGGUGGUGUGCCCAAUGUGAAGCAAGAGUCAAACGGAUUGGUACACAAUCGGACGUCCAACGGGAGCCAGGAGGGCUCAGGCAAUGUGCCACUGAAGACGGAAUGUGCUGUGCCCGUAGCUAAUGGGAACGGCACGGCGAAUGACAAUGGCACCAAGGAGGUGCCCCAAACGCUCCCGGUACCUUACAGCGAGGAGGAUCGGUUCAAACCGUCCCCUACGGUGGACGAAAAAACGGUCACCAUGAUCAUCAAGCAGGUGGUGAAAACGGACAAGAGCAUUUUCCCGCUCCUGCAGCCGCACAUGGUGAGCACGCGGCACCAGCUGAACGAUUUCGUCGAGUGCGUCAGCAUACAGCGCGAGCGGGCGAAGCAGUUCGUGGCCGAGUUUCUCGACGAGUUUAUCUUCCUGAAAGGACAAAACGGCAGCGACGAUCUGGUGAACGACCGCGGGACCGUGGACUACAAUCGCAGCAUGAAGGAGGGAGCUGCCCGGUACCGUAACAAGAGCGAGCGUAGGAUGAACCUCGUGCAGUCGAAAACGCUCUACCCGGACGUGGCCCACGAUUGGCUGUGCAAUGGACGGCUGCUGCGGUUGCUCGACCCGCUCGACGUGCACAACUAUCGCGUCUUCCACGAGCAGUGGGAACGGGGCCAGCCCGUGAUGGUGUCGGCCGUCUCGAGCAAGAUGAAUAUGGACCUGUGGCUACCGGGCUCGUUCGGGCGCGACUUUGGCGACCAGGUGAACGAUCUGAUCAACUGCCUCAAUGGCAAGAUUGUGCGCGGCCAUCCGAUGCGCGUGUUUUGGGAGGGCUUCGAGGAGCUGAGCGAGCGGCUGCUGGACGAGCGCGAGCGGCCGAUGAUGCUGAAGCUGAAGGAUUGGCCGCCCGGGGACGAUUUUGCCGAAAUGAUGCCGACCCGGUUUUACGAUCUCAUGAAGUCGCUCCCGCUGGCCGAGUACACGCGGCGCGAGGGUCGCCUGAACUUGGCCAGCCGGCUGAGCAGCUUCUUCGUGCGGCCCGAUCUCGGGCCGAAGAUGUACAGUGCGUACGGGUCGGCGCUACAUCCGACCAAGGGCACCACCAACCUGCACCUGGACAUUUCCGACGCGGUCAAUGUGAUGGUGUACGUGGGCGUACCGCGGGACGUACCGAGCGCCCGGUACAACGAGAAGAUCGUCGAGCUGAUCGACUCGGAGGAUUGCGACUAUCUGACGCGCCAGCGGGUACGGGAGCGGAAGGAGCUGCCCGGGGCACUGUGGCACAUCUAUCACGCGCAGGACGCGGACAAGAUACGCGCCCUGCUCAACCGGAUCGAGCUGGAGCGGGGCGGCACGAUCAAACCGAACCACGACCCGAUCCACGACCAGAAGUGGUACCUCGAUCGCAACCUGCGCAAGCGGCUGCAGCAGGAGUACCACGUGGAGGGGUACGCGAUCGUGCAGUGCGCCGGCGAUGCCAUAUUCAUACCGGCCGGGGCGCCCCACCAGGUGCGCAACCUGCACAACUGCAUCAAGGUGGCGGAGGAUUUCGUGUCGCCGGAGAACGUCUCCCACUGUCUGAAGCUGACGAACGAGUUCCGGCAUCUGAGCGGGACGCACUCGAACCACGAGGACAAGCUGCAGAUCAAAAACAUCAUCUACCACACGGUGAAGGAUGCGGUCUCGUGCAUAACGAACCCGCUGAUCCGGAUGGCACGCGGGGAGGAUGAACGAUGGGCCAAAUGAGUGGCGUAAGGCGGAUGUACACAAACGACUAAUCACGAAUGUUCCAGGGCUUAGGCAUUGUGCGAUACUACACUACACUCUCAGCAAUUACACGGAGCUAGCGGAAGAGUAGAGGUUUAGAGUAUAUCAAUUUGGAAGAGAUUAAAACUUUUAGACGAUCAUGAAAUCCAUGAACCCUCCA